AGUGCCCUGCUAUGGUGGUCGCAAUCGCUAUUUGCUGCAUACUCGUACUCCUAGCCGUUUUCAUCAUCAUUAUCAUCGCCGUCGGGCAGACUAUAGACACUCAUCGAGUGUGAAACUGCCGAAUAACCCUCCCGAGGGCGAGACCGACAGAGAAACCUCGAGAAAUUGAAAAUGCUCGCCACCCAGUCAUUCACCGGCAUGGAUCCAGCGUGCGCUUCUGCUGAAACCUGACAGUGCCUACCACGACCAUAAUCUUUGCUCAGUUUUGGAGAUAGACUGAAAACAUGUGACUGAUUCGUCAUAGCUGUCGUUGUUGUUCUACGUGUUUUUAUAACCAGUUAGUGGCUUAACCAAGAUGUUAGUUUUUUAAAUGUUGUUGAUGGUGUUCAUAGACUUGUAAAAUAGAUUUUGUUAGAGGAUGGUCCGUUAUCUAGCAUCGGCGUGUGACGUAGGUGGUGCUCUUGAAUGUUUGUACAUUUUAUAUUUAUACAGAUAUUUAUGAA